CGUUAGCCGUUACACAACUGAAGCUGAAAAGCUAUCAAAGAGUUCCGUGAUAAAGGUCAUGGCAGUGUGCCGCGGACACGGCAGCGUUAAAUAACUUUGAAAGAUCAAUGCAGACGGAUUUAGAAUUAAUCAGAAACUCUCAUAUCAGCUGUAUUUAUACAGACAUACAUGAAACGAUAGCCAUUUUAACAUAAUCGCGCGAUAUAAGUUGCAUGGGCACGUCGCCGCCAUGUGCUCUUUUCUUCCUGACCCUCAAAAUAACGUUUCUGUGCUGCACCGCUAACCUGGGGUCGCUGAAUUGUCACUAAAUUGUGGGUAGCGGACAUGAUUGUCUGAAUGGUUGUAAGACUUCGAUCCAUUCAUUGGUUUAGCUUCAAUGACUGAAGCAAACUCGAUGGUUUUUGCAAUGGAUGACAGGUCAAAAUGCUUUGCUGAAGUCACGCUGGAGCUCAGAGGCGGACCCGCGCCAUGUAUGGGUACAUGUGAUCGUUAUGUGAGGCGGGGGUAGCAGUGAUGAGGGAGCCAAUGACAACGCGACUCAUUGUGUGUGUGUGAGUGAGUGUGUGUGUGAGUACUCAGGCCUCGCAAAGACGGAAAACUGGAUUAGAGGAUCUCUGGUGAACUAGCCUCAUUCAUUGGAUUGGCUCUGAUAUAUUUGGAUAAGGGAGUUACUUCUGAAUGUUGCGGGGGCGUAAUACUGUUUAUUCUCAGGUUACCACAAAGGGAGCAGGUCUGAACCCUAACGCCAAAGUGUGGCAGGAGAUCCCUGCCCACCAGAAUGACAUCCCAGAUGGGACAGACAAUUCUUCUUGGCUCCAAACCUACCCUCCAUCUGCUGAGAUGACUGAAGGUUAUUCAGAUGGUUCGUCUUCAGGGGGUAAAGAAUGUGACACGGCAUAUCCUGACACCACUACUGACUACACCUAUGUACCUACAGAAGGCGUUGUCAAUGGUGUAGACCAAACUGACUUAGGCUAUAUAGUCUUUGACUCCCAGUGCGAGUCACCCAUAGAUGGUGAUGCUUCAAAGGAACAACCGAUGUCUGAGGAGAGCCUUAGAGAGUCUUUGAAGAAACAGCUUGAGUUCUGUUUUUCUAGAGAAAACUUAUCGAAGGACCUGUACCUGAUAUCCCAGAUGGACAGCGAUCAAUUUGUUCCCAUCUGGACUAUCGCUUGCAUGGAGGACAUCAAAGCUCUCACCACUGACAUGGACCUCAUUCUGGAUGUACUGCGAGCGUCUCCCAUGGUGCAAGUUGAUGAAACUGGUGAGAAGGUUCGGCCAAAUCACAGUCGCUGCAUCAUUAUUCUGAGAGAGGUGCCAGAGACGACGCCAGUUGAGGAAGUGGAGGCUCUUUUUAAGAGUGAAAACUGUCCAAAAGUGUUAAGUGCUGAAUUUGCACACAACAGCAACUGGUACAUAACAUUUCAGUCAGAUAUGGAUGCACUACAGGCUUACAGAUACCUAAGAGAGGAAGUGAAAACAUUCCAGGGAAAACCAAUUAUGGCCCGCAUUAAGGCCAUUAACACAUUCUUUGGUAAGAACAGCUUCCGCAGUGUGGACUUGAGUGCAUACAAUCAGCACACCCAGCCACAGGCUCCGUAUGGCUCCCACGUCUACAUGCAGCAGAUGUACAGCCCGCAGCAGCAGUACCCUGUGUACCCAGUGGUGUCUCCCUCCUGGAACCCUUCACUCAUGCCUUACUUUGAAACACCUCUGGCACCUUUCCCCAACAGUGGAUUCAUAAACGGUUACAACGGUCCUGGAAACUACAAAGCAAACUCAAACUCCACCAACACCCAUCGACCAAGAAGCCGAAACCAUGUAAAGGGUCACCCGAGGCCUGUUGAUGUGCCUCCCUCUUCUUCUUUGGCUCCGGGAACCCUGAUGGAUGGCCUCUCGGGUCCCUUGAGUCCACAGCCCCUCCAGACAUCAGGGACACUGUCUGGCACCACUUCAGAGCCAGUCAGUCUGCUGUCCCUCAGCCUUAAAGACUCUUCUCCACAGACCGCCGUACACAGUGGAGAUCUGAUCAUGAAUGGACGGGCCAGGAGAGGUAACCACAGAGGCAUGAGGAGGAAAAGAGAAGAUGAACAUAACACAAGGCCUGUUCCUGUGAUGGAGGUCAAGGUACCACCUCCACCAAAGUUUGACCUGGCAGCUUCCAAUUUUCCUCCAUUGCCGGGGUGUGUGGUCAGCAUUCGAGGAGAAACUACACCAGAGAUGCGCCUUUCUGAUGUCGUACGUGGCCUAAAAGUGACCAACAAGUCUGUGAGCCAAGAGGUUAACGAGAAACACGCAAGCAUCUCAGAAGAUCCUGUGAGCGUGCCUGAUCCUGUGACCCCAGAGGUGAAACCUAGUCCUGUGACACCACAAACAGUGGAACCACCAGUGGUCUCAAGUGUUUCUCCUCCAGUAAAGGAAGUGGAGAAGACUGAACCUCCUGUUCCAAAGGCAAAAAUCUCCCCGUCCGUGGAGGCCGUCUCUCCGACAGCUGCAGAAGACGCUCCCCCCACCUGCACCCAGUCUGUAUCUACAGAGGCACCUCCUCCAUCUCCCACCUCAGAACAGGGGCAAAGAAAGCUCAGCUAUGCAGAGGUAUGCCAGCGGCUGGCGAAGGAGCCACCACCAGCACAGACGCCUUCUCCCUCCCCUCCUGCCUCUGUAGCCAGCCAACCCCUGCAAGAGCUCAAGGUCAACAGGGUCGAGGAGCCUCGGCCCAACUCCAGGCGCACUACAGAGAAACCAGAGAAACCCGGAGACAGCCGCCCUCCUCGUCAACCCUUGCGCUCCUUCCGUGGGCCGAACGGUUCAGGCAGAGUUGGAGGCGCAGGGCUGAAGAUUCGGGAGCAUCAGAGAGGGCUGAAUACCGGCAAACAGUUUUCCCCUCAGCGGGGAGCCAGACGGAGUGGCAAAGAACAGAACAUUCCCCCAAGGUCACCAAAAUAAUUCAAGAAAAAGGAGCCCAUAAAACAUGAACUAAGACAGAAAUAAAAAUAAAUAUAUAUGUAAAUAUAUAAUGUAUGUGUAUAUAGACAGAUGAAUAUAUUUCAUUUGACAGACGUUGUCAAAUAACUUCUUUACUUUGACAUGGAAUCUUUUGGAAAGACUGCAAAUAGAAAUCCAAACCAACCAAUAGUCAAUAGGCACACUUGAUUUUGUUCUGAGAAUUCAGUCUUUGCUUUUCAUUUUCACUAAUUUGUUAAGCAUUGGAUUUUUGAUUUUUUUUUUUUUUUUUUUGAAUGGAAGACAGUGACUCAGUAGUAGAUUUUUACUACAGAAGUGUUGAUGGGUAAAAAUGUUGAAGAUAUUUUUAUGACAAGGGAAUCUUACCGUAGAAUGGAUCCUGGGGAAUACUACAUUAUGAGUUGAGAAUAUCACAUCAUAUAACCAUAAUUAUUGACUGUUUUUGGCAGUAGAUGUCUGCGUGUUGCAGAUAUUGGAUCAAUAUUGCUGAUAUUUGAAAAAUACCCCUGUAGUAUUAACAGAGUAGUUCUGUUUGUCAUUUUAAUCCUGUGCAGAUCAGUGUCCCCUUGUGAUCACAGCAGAGCAGGCGUCCUCAUCAGAAUAGAAGUUGUCAGCCACAUAACUUCGUUACCAAGAGUUACCGCUUGUAAACAUGUAAACCUUGUUCUAUCAGAAAUCCACUGAUAAUGUUUGUGCAUCUCACAAAGCAAGAUUAAUACAUUAACCCACUGACUUUGAUGUCAGUCCUGGCUUUCGGUCUCACAAAACGGGCUCAUUUUGAACUGAGAUAGAUCACCAUGAUAACUUGUGGUGUACAGCUUUAACCUGCUCCAGAAUAGAAAUCUUUCACAUCUUGAUCAAAGUAGCUGUUUAAUAGUUGAGGCCAUGGCAACUGUCUCCACUCAAUUUGGUGACACUGAUUGCAUGCACUAUGUUUUUGAUUGGAUACCUGAGGCUUCAGAUGAAUGUAGUCCUUUUGUUGCAAAACCACUCUUGAGCUUGACUUUGUAAAUGUCAAUGUGGUAGCUUUGAUCUGGGAUAUUAGUGUAUUUGUUAUUUUGCUGUAAUAGCUGUCUUUAAAUUGUAUUUUCUAUCUGAAGUUCUUUAAUUUCAUGAGAUGUGUAAUAUUUGUAAAUAGGUGUGUUGAGAGACGGAUCACUAACAAGUAUCUUUUGGAUCUACCGAUAUUCAGUGAGUUGGAUACUGAUCUGUACAGCCAUUCAUGGUUCAACAGUGUGCAGCACAUGUAGUGCAAUUUGAAAUGAACUAUCCUUUGAUCUCAAGGCUUUUAGUCAUUAUGGAGUUUUGAAAAUGGAAAGGUGUUUUAACAGAAUUACUUAUUUGUGCUUAAAUGUUUCAUUUUUGUGUUUUCAUUUCAUCUAAAUAGUUUGUGGUGUUGCAAGUGGAAAUCAGCAAAAGAUAAAUGAAGAUAAAGAAUUACAGAUUUUCAGGAUUGGGUGCAUAAAACCUUUCGCCUUAGAUCAGUGUUCUGAGUCCUCUGCUUUUAGGGAAUAUGCUUCGGUGUACAGUAUUUUGUGUCUUGAAAUCAGUAGUUCAGGUGUUUCUUGUGUAUAUGUAUGGUUGUCUUAACGGUGUAAACUUGUGUGCAAGAAAGAAUGAGAUUGCUUCUGCAUCAGACUACAUGAAACUAUCAUCACAAACCAAACUUCCAGUGCCUUAUCAGUGUUUCAUUCCAUUAUUUAGAGAGCAAGAAGUCUUCACACAUCAAUUUGUUACACUGAACAAGGCUGGUUUGUUGUCAAAACUCAAUUAUCAGUUUGUAUCUCCGUAUUGUAAACCUCACCCUUUAGGUGCAUCUGUGGGGCUGGUUGGAAUGAGGCUGAAUGUGUUUUUGCAUGCUUGCGUGUCCUUUGUUAUGUGCGUAUGAUGCAGUUUAUUUCGUUAUCCUGUCAAUGCAAUUUCAGAUCAUCAAAAUCCUGCUUAUAAUUGUCACAAUCAAACAUAGGUUUGCAAAUUUCAGCCAAGUACACACUGGUUUAUCAAGUGAAUAUUUUAUUACUGAGCCUGAUGUAUGAAAAUAAAGAUUUAUUUUUAAACA